UGCCAUCUAGCGAGGCCCAGUUGAACCAAGCACGUCUGCCGUCUAAGAGGCCAUUGCAGGAAGCAUCCAGUGAUGCACUGUCACCAGAAGUGGAGUCCGUCCUUUACAGCAACACAGGCAAGGCAGUGGUGUCUUUGUUUCAGAGGAUGACACCAGCCAAGGUUCUAAGCCCCGCCAAAACGUGCGCCGCGUCUAAGAACACCGGAGGCACCCCGAAGAAGCGAAUUCUCUCAAAGGGACCUUCGCCAGUCCAGAAGAAGAAGAAAAAAAAGCUCACAGUCAUGGACAUGAUGGAAGUGGACACUUCCAGCUUCUGGCUGAAGACGUUGAGCAACAGGUCAGUAAACUUUGUCCACAUCGUGCACCGACCCAUGCCGUGCAUCACCCGGUCGGUGACAGUGUCUCCGGACAUGUCGGUGAUGGUGGCCAUCGAGGGCACGCGCCUGAGCCUGCUGCCAUGUGGUACGAUGGUGCCGAGCAUCAUCGACAGCGUCGAGACGUUACAUGACCUCCUGGACAGGGUAGAGAUGCUCGACGACACUGAGCGAAUCGACAACUGGCAGCUGCGCCGGCAGAGCACGCUGAAACUCGUCGCUGUGUUGCUACAGGAAGUGUGCCACAAUGUGGGCAACGCGGACAGUCAGUACAAAGUGCUCAGCUCUCUCAGAGACCAAGUGAGAGAUCUAUUGUGAGAGGGUCUGGCAACGGUGUGGUGAUUGCUGGCGGGAGGGGUGAGGGAUACUGGGGCAAAUUUGUAAAUUACUCUUGUUUCACCUACACUUACCGUUGCAUAUUCAUGUUUGGUAAGCUUUCAAUGUUUACUGUAGUCUGAGGUCAUUUUACAGAGUUAUUGUCGGCACUGCAAUGACGUUAAGUUGCUCGAUGCCGCCACAGCUGUUUGAGAAAGAAGCAGUGAUCUUGUAAAUUGUCAUCAGAACGUGCUCGUCAAACCUCACUUGUGUGAUCACUUCAUCUUCAUCAUUUUGUGUCUUAGCCGUGUGUGUGUGUAUCACUCGUUUUUCUGACUGUGUGCUUUGAAGUGUAGUAAGGAUCAAUGUUGCGGAAUUUCCACUCCGAAAUUAGAAAUAAUCUGGAAUCAUUCCACAUUUUCACGACCUUGGAAUAGAAUGGGAAUGAAAUUGUAAGCGCCUUUUGCACAGAACGGAACGAAAAUGUAAUUCCGUUUUUUUUCUUAAAUCGAGCAUGUUUUUGUCUACGCACUCUUUUUUAGUUUUCUGGACAUUUGUCAGAGCCUCGAAUUUAAUAAUAAAGCAGUAUUUUUUAAAUCGCUUGUAAGCAUGUUGCUGAUAGGCAACAUGCCUACUGCAAUUCAUUUUAUAAGUUGUGUUGCACCGAAGUUUGUCUUCGUGUUACCACGGCUCUAUGCCGUUGGUAUCCAUCGUGCAGAACUACGGUGGCACCAUAACUAUCCACCCGUUGCGCCUAGUGACCCUUUCUUCUCAGCUGCGCCCCAACCUGUUGUCUCCCCCAUCCCCCUUCUUUGAUUUUUCUUCCGUCACUGUUGGCGAUUCGGAUGUGUACUUGACAAAGCGUUUCUAUAAGUUAUUAUGCAUAUUGAUGAUGGCGGAAUGCUUGUGUUCACCACAAGCUUUCGUAUACCAGCUUGCGUGCCGUCUCACCUCAUACUCCACUACCCCAACCACUUUGCAAUAAUGUCUCCCCUGUAUAGACACAUGAGCGCCUUUGCCCAAUACUCAAUCGGUAAAGGUCUGUGAGGUCUCUUCCAAGUUUAAAAAGCUGCGAGUGGCUGCUACAUCUCUAGCCCGGGAGGUCAGGUCUUGUCGAGUUGAGAGCUGGUCAGCCUGCACUCUCACUGCUCUGGGGUGAGAUCGUUUGAAUAUUAUCGUUAUUCUUUUCCUUUGCAUCUUUUGUUUGCUCGGUCGAUACGACUCGGCAUAUACAAUUGUUUGUAUCUCCAGGCAAAGUGGGCAUUGAGAAGAAACGUAUUUUGCUAUACCCUUAAUUGCUACUGCUGUAAUAUCAUGCUCAAAUUUAGUCAUGUAAGCCCGAGUACUUGUUUUUUCGACGAACUCUCUACGUACGUUUUAAUCAGUCAGCCGAUGGUAGGUGUGGUGUAAAAGUGUGUAUGAUCUGCCAAACGGCAAAAGAGAAGCCAUGGCAUGAGCUAGUGUACAACAAAAUUUAUUAUCCCAGCAGAUAUUAUCCUGCACAUGCAGAGUUAUCCCUGCACAUUGGUUUCCAUUUAUACCUGUGCUUUGAAGUGGCGAAUGCUCUAUGCAUAGCCUGAUCUUUAUCUUACGAGCAGUUAAGUACCCGACACGCGUGAAUAACCUUCGUGACAACGAAGACAUUGUAUACAUGCGCACAGGUGAACACAGGGAAAGUUCUCUUCACCCCAUUUGUGCUUGUGAGGUGCGCUUGAAAAGUGCGAGUGUUGACGAGCAGUGCAGCUCAGUGUUCUGUAUUCAAUGCAAAAGCACACAGUGCCUUUUACCUCAGUGAUGCACUGUUCCAACGAAUACAAGCACAUCUGGAAGGUUUUGUUAUUCAUUAACCAAAUCUUACUUUUCUCCACAAUGAAUACCGCUCUAGAGGCGUGCCAAACUCAGUCUUCUUGAACACAACUUUUGUCAGCAUUAAAAUACGCUAUGUCAUUUAUCACAAACGCAUUUAAGCUUACACAGUAUUGAAACAUCGCCAUUCAUCAAAAAAUUCUGACCACAUAAAUACUGUAGGUCACCAGGCUACUAGCCCUUCCUAACAUGUUUUGCAUACUCUUGGAGUUCUUAAUGCAUGUGAUGACCUCAACCUUAUAGGAGGUUCAUUCUUGAUAAAACUAUCAAGACGUCUUUUCUACAUUGAGGAGCAACAGAAAUGCAAUUGAACUGCCCAGCCAUUCGGUUAAGUUAUUUCAUUCCGAGGAAUUGAAGUGAAUGGAAGUACGACAAUUUCUGAUUCCCCAGAAUGGAAUGGAAGGGAGGUGCUCAUUCCGCAACACUGGUGAGAAUCUUUUUAAGAUAUAUCAGAAGUCAACACAAUGUUGGCGCCUGUUUAAGGCUUUAUUAUCUCGGUCUCAUGAAAUGGCAUGACUUGUGUUGUGUAAGGUGUUGUAACCUCUUGUUUUCUACAAAGGCAGCGCAUUGUACAGUUUUCAUCAUAGUUGUCCGAUAUCGAGUGGGUUCAGUUAUAGACAAUGUGUGGCUCUGUUGCACUUCUUCGAAAUGUGUGGGGUCGCUUGCUGAUGAGAAAGCAGUUUAGCGAAUAGAGGCAGCAGUUGUAUAUACUACUUGCUGUGCAGCUUGUACUCGCUAGAAACGCGAUGCACGAGGUCUUGCUGAAAGCCAGUAUACAGUAGCGUCUGUUUGUAACAACAGCGUGUUCUUAUGUAAUGUACUUUCAAAAGUAGAAAUCUUUUUAACUGAAUACCUGCCUUAAAGGAACAGCUGCCUCUUUCAUGGUUGGUUUCUGGCUUGGUGUUUGUCUCUCUCUUGACAGAGCUCCUUUUAAAUGAAACACAUUUUCUUGAUCCCUUCUGGUUUCGUUAAAUGAUACUUUUUGGUAUCGGAUAUUCAUUAAAUGGGCUCCUUUCACAUACUGGUAUCAGUAAGAAAUCGUAAGAGUUUUUGUUAUUGAAUUGCACCUGUAUUGCAUGUGCAUGUUGGAUGUUUUCUGGCAAGCAAGAAGGGACUAUGCAAGCAAAACGGCGAUCAGUAUAUGUCUGUGUGGUACAAUCAAUUCCAGCAUGGGCGAUUGAACUGUAGUGCUCCUCGGAAUGCUACAGCAGUUUUGAUUUUAUUAUUUGGCUAACUGCGACAGACAUUUCCUAUUGUGUAUGUCGAGCAAAGCUUUUCAUGUCCUUCUUGUCUCUGUGUCGUCGUUUUGUUCUCGCGCUAUAACUAUCGUCAUGCCAUACUAACUAGACCAAGCUGCCCCACUUUUGGUACAGUUAUUGAUCUUGGGUGUUGAUAUAAACGUGUUCCUUUUUUGUGUGUUUUGGCCUCCCACUAAGUACCACAGAAGCAAUUUUCAGCUGGGCCGCAUAUGUCUGUAUGCAGGGAUGUAGAACUCUACAGGCUUAUUUUUUAAGUAAUGUUGCAUCAGAUUAUGUGCGCAUUCAUGCAAGCCACGCCGGGUAAUUAGCUUGUAAUUGUUGCUUUGCUGCUCUAAUCUUUAAUUGUGUAGCAGUGUGUGUGCAUAGCAUUGUAGUAUUAGGGCUUGAAAAUGAAGAGCUUGAUCUUUGCUGUUGUUCUGCAGAGGAGCAGUAAAAGGAAAUGACUCUAUUUGAAGUGACAAA